CUCCCCCCGCCCCUCCGGAGCCAGCCGAGUUAGGGAGGCGGGCGGAGUGAAGCCGAACAUGGCGGCUGUGACGGCGGCGGGUGCUGCGCUGGCAGCGGCCCGUGGGGAGGGGACAGCGCAGCAGCGGCCGCCACAACAACAACAACAGCAGCAGCAGCAGCAGCGGCCGGCGGAGCUCGCCUGAGGAGAGCGGCCGAGUGAGCGCAGCUCCUCCGCCCUAGCGGCGUCUUCCCUCCCCCCCCGUCCCUCGCGCCCUGCCCUGCCCUCUUCUUGCCUGAGGAGCGGUCGAGAUGGAGGUGGUCGGGGCCGGGGAGGAGGGCGAGGAGCCCCCGAAAGGGGUCCGGAUCCUUGGCUCGGAGCUGGUGGAGACCUACACGGUGUACAUCAUUCAAGUGAGCAUUGGGAACCAUCAGUGGGUAGUCAAACAUCGAUACAGUGACUUCCAUGAACUUCAUGAAAAGCUUGUUUCAGAAAAGAGAAUAGAUAAGAACCUGUUACCUCCUAAGAAGAUUAUUGGCAAGAAUUCCAAAAGUUUGGUAGAAAAGAGACAAAAAGAGUUGGAAGUCUAUCUACAAACUCUCCUUCUUACAUUUCCCUUGGCUGCACCCAAAGUAUUGUCCCAGUUCUUACAUUUUCAUUUAUACGAAAUCAAUGGAAUCACAGCUGCAUUGGCUGAAGAACUCUUUCACAAAGGAGAGCAGUUACUUAUGGCUGGCGAGGUCUUUAAUAUCAGACCCUUGCAGUUGUAUGCUAUUACUCAACAACUUCGUCGGGGAAAGCCAACAUGUGCAAAUGGAGAUGCCAAAACUGAUCUCGGUCACAUUCUGGAUUUCACAUGUAGACUCAAAUAUUUAAAGAUAACAGGCACAAGUGGACCUUUGGGAACCAGUAACAUUCAGGAACAUCUUUUGCCUUUUGAUCUAUCAAUAUUUAAAUCUCUUCAUCAGAUACAGAUAAAUCACUGUGGCGCCAAGGUUAUUAAAGGGCUGACCUCCUCAAAGCACACUUUGGCUACACUGAGUGUUCAGUUCUCAGCAACAUCAAUGAUGGAGAUCCUAGUUCCUGAGGCCUAUGAAUUUGACCAGUGGGAGCCAGAGGGUGCACCUUCCAGUUGUCCCGUGACCGCAGUUAUUCCAACAUGGAGAACUUUAACAACCUUAGAUAUGAGUCACAACAGCAUAGCUCGAAUUGAUGAAUCUGUGAAACUUAUGCCGAAGAUAGAAUUUCUUGAUUUAAGCCACAACGAUGUACCACUAGUGGAAAACUUACAGCAUCUCUACAACCUCAUUCAUCUGGAUCUAUCCUACAAUAAACUUGCAACGUUAGAAGGUAUUCAUACCAAAAUUGGGAAUAUCAAAACACUGAACUUAGCAGGGAAUCAUCUGGAAAGACUUAAUGGCCUCAACAAACUAUAUUCUUUAGUCAACCUGGAUCUUGGCAACAACAAAGUGGACCAGAUUGAUGAAAUAAAGAAUAUAGGAGGUCUUCCAUGCUUGGAAAAGAUUGUCUUAUCCAACAAUCCUUUGAGUAUUAUUCCCGAUUACAGGACCAAAGUGCUAGCUCAGUUUGGGGACAGAGCCUCGGAGGUCUGUUUGGAUUAUACUGUGACCACUGAAAAAGAACUUGACACUGUGGAAGUGUUGAAGGCUAUUCAAAAAGCAAAAGAUGCAAAAUGCAGAAUGAACAACUCUGAUAAAAAGAUCCCUGAAGAUUCCAAGCUUUCUGCUGCCAGUUCAAAAUCAAACUGUUCUUCUCUUUCUGUACAUCCUCCCUCCCCUUCUCUGCCUCGUCCUGUCAGCUCCAGUCAAGGGAAAUGGGAUUUGGCAACAUCAGUGGAAGCACAAAGGCAAAUGAUCAAAUACUUCUGUAUCCAUGGAUGGAGGCAGUAUUGCUUCUGAAUACCAGUUACUGGAAGCCACAGGGAGAAGAGUGCUCUUGUGCUCAAAUCAUGCUUGCUAGUUUCUCACAGACUUCUGGGUGGUCACUGUGAGAACAGAAUGCUGGAGUAGAUAGGCCAGGGAUGUCCAACACAUCAAUCGCAAUCUACUGGUCGAUCCCUGUGAGACUUUGUGGUCGAUCGCAGGUCCCCUUCCGGCCCCGGCCCCUCUCCCUGCGCUGGCCUCUAUUGUUGCAGAAGGGAAGCCUGAGUUUUGAAACGGAGGCUUUUAUGUUGUCAGCAUUUGGAAGGUUAGUGGCUGCCUCUGUUCCUUCCCCCAAUAGUGUGCUUUUCCCCUCCCUAAAAAAAGAAAAAAGCUCAACAACUUUGAGCUGAACCCCUAAAAAACGGGUAGAUCACCGCCAGAUUUUAAAUUUGAAAGUAGAUCGCAGUGUCUCUGGAGUUGGGCAUCCCUGAGAUAGGCCAUUCACCUGAUCCACCAGGCUCUUUUGUGUGUUCUCAUCAGCCCAUAACUCUCUACUGGUGGUGAAAAGGAUGCAGGUGGCACUGUGGUCUAAACCACUCUUGGGCUUGCUGAUCGGAAGGUCAGCAGUUCGAAUCCCUGUGACGGGCUGAGCUCCCCUUUCUCUGUCCCAGCUCCUGGCAACCUAGAAGGUUGAAAGCAUGCCAGUGCAAGUAGAUAAAUAGGUACCGUUGCAGCAGGAAAGUAAACAGUGUUUCCGUGCGCUCUUGUUUCCGUCACAGUAUCCCGUUGUGCCAGAAGUGGUUUGAUCAUGCCACAGGUCAUACAGACAAACGCCAGGUCCCUCGGCCUGAAAAGCGAGAUGAGCACCACAACCCCAUAGUCACCUUUGACUGGACUUAAACGUCCAGGCGUCCUUUACAUUUACCUUACCUUUACCUUACUGGUGCUGAUAAUACUACAUGAGCAGUAAAUGAGGCAUAUACUUCAAUUUAUAUAGGUUAUUGCAAGCAAAUAAAAUUCAAAGUAGAAAACAUUUUACCACAUUUCUUCAAACACUAAGAAGAUUGUGGUAGGAAUUUGGAAACAUCCAAAUGUUGUAUGCGCAAGUCCUUGCAAUAUCUUUCCUUGUUUUCUAUCCUCUAUCAGUGCAAGACAUUUCCUCCCAAAGUAUGUGUGCUUGGUUUUUUUUAAUGUUGCUAGUUUUCACAGGUUCUUUUUCAAAUAUCAAUGUAGCCAAAAUUCAAAGUCAUGGACAUAUAUAUAUGGAAUAGGUGACCUGCCUCAGCUCUGCAUGCAGGAGGUCCCUGGCAUCUCUAGGUGGAGCUGGGAGAGACAUCUUCAUGAAAACCGGAGGCCCACUGCCUUCCACUGUUGACAGUACUGAGCUUGAUAUCUGACUCAGUAUAAGGUAGCUGCAUAUGUUCAUGUGAAACAGGUGUUGGAGAAAACUGCUGCCUGAGAUCCUGGAGAACCACUAUGAGAUUAGACAGUAAAUGCGACUCUUCAUUUAUGUGGGAGUUACGUUCCGAGGCUCCCAGUAUGUUUCUGAGCACAAUUCAAAGUGUUGGUGCUGACCUUUAAAGCCCUAAACGGCCUCGGCCCAGUAUAACUGAAGGAGCGUCUCCACCCCCAACGUUCAACCCAGACACCGAGAUAUAGCUCUGAGGGCCUUCUGGCAGUUCCCUCACUGCGAGAAGCGAAGUUACAGGGAACCAGGCAGAGGGCCUUCUCGGUAGUGGCGCCCGCCCUGUGGAACGCCCUCCCAUCAGAUGUCAAGGAAAUAAACAGCUAGACUUAGAAGACAUCUGAAGGCAGCCCAGUUUAGGGAAGUUUUUAAUGUUUGAUGUUUUAUCACUUUAUUAUUAUUAUUAUUAUUAUUAUUAUUAUUCUGUUGGAAGCCGCCCAGAGUGGCUGGGGAAACCCAGCCAGAUGGGCGGGGUAUAAAUUUAUUAUUAUUAUUAUUAUUAGCGAAAUCACGUAUAUUUGAAGCACCAUUUUAAAAGCCUGCGAACACCCUGUUCCGCCCACGCCCCAUUCCACCCCUUUUCUGAUGUUUUUGGGUCACUUCCAGGUUCUGCACGUGUCACACACAUAUCGAAUGCGCCUAAAUCAGUCUCUGCUGGUACUGAGCUAGAUAGACAAUAGUUUUACGUAGGCAGUAUCGGUGCAUGAAAACAACUGUAUAGACAAUCAUAGAUUUUCCAUAGAAGGGUAAAAAGUGAAGGAAAUAAAUUAAAACGAUGAACAACUGGUACUUGUUCAAAAAUAAAAUAUUCUAAUAACCUUAUCUAACUUGGUAAAACCUGGACAGACAUGCAUGUUUGUAACAGUCUUCCGGGUUGAAACUUCCAAGGAUGGACAUGUGUUCUGCCAUUUUAUUUUCUGAAACAACUGCUGAUGUUUUUGUGACACCAUCUGUUUCCAUAAAGUAUUAAUCAUAUCAAGUGUUACAGGAAAACUGCCUUUUUGCAGGAAAUCCAAGAUUUAAAUAUUUUUUUUACAGGAAACAGAAAAGCACAAAUAUUUCUUCAGCUUCCUUAGCUACUAUCAGAAUUCAGUAGAUUGUUUUUCUUCAUAAUGAACAGGUAGACUGUAGGGGUCUUCUGUUGAAGAAAUUAUCAACGUGUGAUGUUACACAUUCAAAAUGGUUUUUUUGGUUGCAAAUUAAUUGGAAAUACAAAAGAAAUUCUGAAACUAAAUUACAUGACACUUCUAGACUGCCAUCCUAACCCAUUUACUAGAGAAGCAGUUCAGCGGGACUUGCUUCUGAGUAAAUGUGCUUAGGAUAAUUCUGUUAAGACAGGAGUAAGCUACCACAUCCCACUAAAAUAAUUUGUCCUCACUUCUGAGCAAACACAGUCAGAAUUGGGCUGUUAGCCUUACUUCAUACCAUAACCAAGGACCGUUUCACAUGAAUGUAUGGCUAGGAUUACUAUAAAAACAUUGACAGCUAAAAAUAUUUCCAUUUGUCUUUGAUUUUAACAAUUAUUGUUCUCUUGAGUGCUUGGGGUUAUAUAUAGAAGAUAGUUGCAAAGAAAUAUAUAUAAUACCAAGUCCAUUUAACUUUGUUCAGUACAUGAAUUCCUCCCCUGAGCGCACUCGCCACUCACAGCCCUCCUGGGAGUCCAGCCAGCCAGUCAUGGGACAGUUGGGGGGAGGGGCAGUGAUGGAAAAUUCCAAACAUGGGCUCACAUGUGCAAUAGGGAAAAGGAUGAAUGCAGUGGACAAAUGGAUGCCUCCCUAAUUUUGAUCUGAAUGACAUAAAAUUAUUUAAAUGACUUCAAAUCUGAAACAAUCUGAACUGCAGUCCAAGCCUUUCACACAUUUCAGCAGCCCAAUUAUUUCAGUGGAAGACUGCAGCUCCAUUGAGAUCAUUUGCUUCUGUCAAGCAUAAAUGCAGCAGCCUGGGUGGGGAGUAAUAAGAGUCCAAGCUUCUGAUGAACCUGCGUAUUCAGUAAUUAUUGUUAAAUUAUCAGUAUGUCAAAUAGGUAUUGUCACAGUGGCCGGAGCGGACUACUUCAGAGUAACGACGCUACACAGCUCUGCAUUUUAUUCUUUUAUUGGUGCUGCGUAUUUACAGUGCUAAAGUCAUUGCUAUUUACACGGAGUGAUGUGAUCAGUCGGUUUCAGAACCUCCUAAUGGCUUUUGGCGCGUCUUUCUCCAACACAAAAGCUUUGGCAGACCCAUCCUCUUUCCCCUCCUCUUUCUGCGUAGUUCUGGCGUUGGGGGGAUGGGUCUCCCUCCCUUAUUCGCCCCUUCCUGUCCCGCCUGGGACCCUGGCUCCUCUACCUUGCCUGAGCCUCGGACCCGACUUCCUGCUUCCCUACUGGAAUCGGAACUCUCUCUGCUUUCCCCUGUGCUCGGUGAUUGGCUUGAACUCAGGAGGGGAGGGACUUCGCGAUAUCCCCUGUCCCUCACAUCCACCCCC